AUGAUAGCCGAUCACAUGAGAAUCUCCAUCGACAAGAACACGCUAUGCCCUGGCGACACCUUAGCCGGCACAAUCAUGAUCGAUAAACAGAUUUGCGGAAGCGCUAAUAACUUUACCCUCGGCGACCAUCUCCUGUGUAUGCAGUUUCACGGUGUCGAGAGAACAGUUAAGGCUAGCCGGGUACUCAUCUGCCAACGGAUGUACCCUCGCUUGAUCAAGGAGACGAGCACAACAAGGGAGUACUGUUUCGAACACAGACUUCAAAAGAAUAUUCUUCCUACAGUUACCUUUCAUGAUCAUAAGAUAGUUUAUCAGGUUGCACUGCGCUUUGAAAGCACUUCACAGUGUCCUCCUCUGGUGUGCAAGAUGCCUAUCAUUAUCAUGGCCCCUGUUAAGGACGGCGAGAUAUCAAACAACAUUUACAAUGUGGUUGUUCCUGAGCUUGUGGUUGAUACAAAAUCCAACUUCAACAUCAAAGCUGUCAACCCAAGGUUCUCCAACAUCACCAGUGUGGAGUACCAACUCAUUGACCAGGAAGGCAAGGCUGUAUACAAAAACCACAUGAAGCUGAAGGGAUGGAACCCGGAAGUAGAUCCAAGUAUCUAUAUUCAUCACGUGGCAGCAGGAAAGUAUCUCAUGAAGCUCAAUGUCAAGGAUCUACGCACAACCAGCAAAUUUGAUGUUCCUGUACUUGUCCAUCAACAAGACUUCCUUCCAGCUUACACGGUGUGA